CGAUUCCAUGCGCUUCAUCGAAAAAUCCUCAGCGUCACUUAUACGUCUAACCCAAGGCCCUCAUCAGCAUAGCAUUGAGCUCCGCCGCGAGCUUGGAACUGCGCACGAUGGCUGGCCGGAGUGUUUCCCCUGGGGCGGCGCUCCUGAGAUCAUCUCGGAUGUUCUCAAUGCCAGCCCCAAUACCUGCUCCUCCUGGUGACCUUUCUUCGGCAACUAAACACUACUCUCCGACUUCCACGAUCCACUUCCCGACGCAUCUUACUGUAACGACGACUGCGUCCUCUCGAAUCAACGGCGACUGGGGUUUUAAAAGACCAUUUCCUCUAAAGACUACGACGAAUACCACCUACCCCCUCCUGCGGGUAAGGCAGGUCGAUUCUAUCGAGCAAGUCACAGAUUUCCAGUCUUCAUCAGACCAUGCGAUGACUUUACGGAAGUACCAGGAAAUGAACAUGCCAAUCAGUGUACCAAUCUCAAACUCCCAUGAUCCUCAUUCAGCUGUUAAAUAUAUGAAGUCGGUCUUUGAAGAGGAUGCCGAUCGGACUGCUUUAAACGACGAGCAGAAAGCGGAACUGGCAAACAAAAGGUGGAAGUUCUCAGGGCCAUGGCUUGCCGGGAUGACAGAUGGUGACUUUAAGAAAUUCCUUGAUAAGAAGGUGCGGAAUAAACGUUCUGAAUUUCGCACCUUUUUAAAGAAGGUCCUCGCGGCCGAGAUGUCGGAGGAACGGGCACGGAAGGCUAGGGAUGCUGGGGAGGAGCUACCGCCACAACUCACCGGUGACGAAAUUACGGAUGACCAAUUGACAGACUAUAUGAGGGAACUGAGGCAAGACCGCAUGACCCUGUAUACCCUCGUCAGUCAGUUCCUAGAUCUUGCUCCAGUGGAUUUGGCUACCGAACUCGAAAUGCUUGGUAGAUUGAUACCUGGAAAAAGAAAAGAGUUCGCUCGUGGGAGUCCGUAUGGAGCAACUGGACCCCCCAUUACACACCCUUCAGCUGGUAUUUCUUAUCUGCGUACCCGGAAUUUCCAGGAGAACCAUGCGAUCUACGGACCUCAGUUACAACAUCCUCCUAUCAAGGCGAGAGUCUUGAAACCCACGAACUUCGCCACCAACAGUUACAAACCGAGCGUCGGUAUUGCUGGUUUCGUUGCCAAUAUACCGAGCGAGGAUACAGUAUUCAACGCAUCGAAGCAGAGGAACGUAUCUGAGUUCAGCAAUGCCAUGCAUAAGUUAGAUGUCGAUAAACAGGGCGGAUCGAAGGUCUACGUGCAGCCCAACAUGGCCACGGUCGAUUCCACCGGAAGGAUUUACGUCACCAUAGGAGAUACGAACGCACAGAGCGAGCUGGUGCAGAAAGAGAUGGUGGGAGAGGGCGUCGUAUUCGACGAGGUUGUGAAGAAAGGUGCGAUCCCGGAAGUGCCCCGUAAUCCCAGGGACACUGGUAGCUUUAGCGCGCGGCCGGGAAGUACGGUAUCUAGUAGUGCGAGGGGUUAUGGCCUCGGCGGAACUUUUGGGAACGCGAGGGACUACGAGUAGAUUCACGAGGGCUCCAGUCCCUGAAGUGGGAUGAAGCAACGGAGGCAUCAUGCAGUAUUUGAUGUAGGCUCUGUGCUUUGUAUGAUUUCUGUAUAUAUCAGAUAAGAGAUACCCUCUAUGAGGUAAUAGAGGAGCUCUAGUAAAUCAAAACCCAAGCUCAAGUAGUUCCAUCCAUCUUUUUGACAGUAUAUUGGUGUUUGGAAUAUGUAGUUGGAUGCUCUGGACUUAUGUAAUAGUAGAUCUGUCAGCUGCUAAC